GCGGCGGCGGCGGCGGCGGCGGGCGUUGGGUACUUGUUGUUCUUCGCGAAGUCCGCGCCCGAGCGCUAGCGGAGGCGGCGACCCGGGGAGCGCGAGAGCGAGAAGCGGCGAGGAGAGCGCGUGCCCGCGAGAAGCCGCCGCGCCCCGGCCGCGAGGCCAGUUGCAGUUUCCCAGCACUUCCGUCCUGGUGAUUGUGCCCGGGUUAUGACGACUAAUCCCAAGCCCAACAAGGCGUUAAAGGUCAAGAAGGAGGCGGGCGAGAACGCCCCGGUGCUCAGUGAUGAUGAGCUGGUGUCCAUGUCAGUGCGGGAGUUGAACCAGCACCUCCGGGGGCUCACUAAGGAGGAGGUCACCCGCCUGAAGCAGCGCCGGCGCACGCUCAAGAACCGCGGCUACGCAGCCAGCUGCCGCAUCAAGCGGGUGACGCAGAAGGAAGAGCUGGAGCGGCAGCGGGUGGAGCUACAGCAGGAGGUGGAGAAGCUGGCCCGCGAGAACAGCAGCAUGCGUCUAGAGCUGGACGCCCUGCGCUCCAAAUACGAGGCCCUGCAGACCUUCGCCCGCACUGUGGCCCGCGGACCUGUCACACCCACCAAGGUGGCCACCACCAGCGUCAUCACCAUCGUCAAGUCCACAGAGAUCUCCUCCACCUCUGUGCCCUUCUCAGCCGCGUCCUAGUGCCUGCUUGGGCCGUGAGGCGGCACGUCCCUCGUGCCUGCCCAGGGUCCUGGCGCAGACUCGAAACACCAGUCGUUGCAGACCCCUCGGGGCUGAGAGUGGGGACAAGCGAGGUGCCAGAUGAAGAGUAGGCUCUUGUGAGCCAGGCACUGCACACCGCCCAUGCACACACAGGUGCACGCCACCCUCACGCCCUGUCCCUCCUCUCCAGAUGGGUCUGUUUCAAGAGUCAGUGGGAGAUGACCCCACAGUCCCCUGCAGGGUCUGCCAGCAGGAGGGGCCCCUGUGGCUGGGUGUGGGGCUCAUCUUCCACUCCUCUUGCAAGCAGCCUUUAACACCGUCCUGCCAUGGCAACCACCUGGGCCAGGCACCCUGUGCUGACCUCCCUGAGCUCUGGAUGCCCCUGGGGGGAGUGAGGGAGCUCGAAGGCAGCUCUGGUCUUCCGUUGUCCCACUGAAGCGUGCUAUGAUGAGCUUUAGCCCUUACACCCAGCCCGUGCCCUGGGAAGCAGAGAUGGGAGAGGCUGUGUGCUAGUGCUGUGCCCCACGGGCCUACUGUCACAGGGCCUGUACACCAGAAGCACCGGGGUCAUGUCAGAAAGGCCUGUCCAGUAUGCGUGCAGAGAGUUGUGUGUAUGUUGUGAAGUUUCCCUUGUGCUCUGUGACCCAAGGUGGUUGCCCAGCAAGGCCCAGCCGGCAGAGCCAGCUGGCUUUCUGCCAGCCUGCUGGCCAUCCCUGGAUUUCACAAGAUGAGGGCAGGAGCAUCCCAUCAGCUGCUGGAAAGCAGAUCUUGGUUUCCCUAGAGCUGCCUCUGGCUGGCUGUGCUCAGCGAGGUGGGGAAGGUGGAGAUCUCGAGGCCUGCAGGGAAGGGUUGUGUGGUUUGGAGAGGAGUGGAGGCCUCAGGGAUGUC